AUGGCUGGUGUUUUGCUUGUCCCGAAGACCUUUCAGGAAUACUUUUCAGAGAAAUGGGUGACAGACCAGGACAGCCUGUGUGUAGGAUACCUGGUUGUGUUCUUGGUACUCUCUAGCCAAGGAUCAAAGUAUUUUAGAACAUGUUCAACAGGAGAACACUUCACUAUAGAGUUUGAGAAUCUGGUGGAAAGUGAUGAGGGAGAAAGCCCAGGAAGCAGCCACAGACCUCUGACUGAGGAAGAAAUUGCUGACUUGAAAGACAGACAUUAUGACUCCAUUGCUGAAAAGCAGAGAGUUGUUGAUAUGAAACUUCAGUCAGAGUUAGCCUUACAAGAGGAGAAGUUAAGAAUAGAAGAGGAGGCUUUAUAUGCUGCACAACGUGAAGCAGCCAGGGCAGCAAAGCAGAAAAAGCUCUUGGAGCAACAUAGACAGCAAAGGAUAACACAGAGAGCGCACGCUGUUAAUAAUGGAGAAUAUCAGAGCUCUGUGGCAGAGGAAGAUCUUGAUGCUUUCUUAAGGAAUACAAAAUUCCAGUAUGAAGCUUUUCGAAGUAGUAGACUUUCAUCUGAUGCUACAGUGCUGACACCCAACACAGAGAGUAGUUGUGACUUAAUGACCAAAACAAAAUCGACGAGUGGAAACGAUGACAGCACUUCAUUAGAUUUAGAGUGGGAAGAUGAAGAAGGCAUGAAUAGAAUGAUUCCAAUGAGAGAGCGCUCUAAAACGGAAGAAGAUAUACUCCGGGCAGCACUGAAAUUUAAUAGCAAGAAGACAGGAAGUAAUCCAGCUUCAGCCUCUGACGAUUCUAAUGGAUUGGAAUGGGAGAAUGACUUUGUUAGCGCUGAAAUGGAUGAUAAUGGCAAUUCAGAAUAUGCUGGAUUUGUAAAUCCUGUAUUAGAUUUGUCUGCAUCAGAUGUAAGGAUAUCUGAUUCUGAUCAUCAAGACAGAUAGUGAAACUGCGUGGCCCUUGUUCAUGACCAAAUGUUGAAAAGUGAAAUAGAAUGUACAAACCCAACUUGCUCUUUUUAUAACAUGGUUCCCUUUUUCUUAUAAAUUGAUCAGCAAGGAAUGGGAAUGACUUGCUAUCUGAAUUAAUUCAGAAUUAAGUGCAAUUUUAUCAU